UAUAAAAUAUGUCGAUAAAAACAACACAAAAUUAAUUAUGUUUCUAAUUUUAGAUUUAGUGCUAUAAAAAAUGACGAUUCAAGUUUGAGGUGCGUUUGGUCACCGUGGCGACAGUUGCUCAAUAUUUGGUGAUAUUUUCUUCUUUUUCUUAGUUUAUAUUGUUCAUAUUGUUGAAGUGUUUUCUAAAUAAAUUCGUGAUGGCACAAACACUUGCUUGUUUAUAUUACUUUCUUAGUGGUGGUGCCAUUAUCAUUGGUGUAUAUAGUAUCAUAGAAAGCGUUUGUGCUAGCUAUUUUAUAUCGCAAUUAUUUGAAUAUUCACUCUUCACUCCUAGUAAUAUAUGUGGUCCAGCGAUAAUGCUUCUCGUGAUGAGUUUGAUAACGUGUCUAAUAGCUUGGUGCAUUUGGAAAUUCGUAGAUUUUACGAAUAGAGGUCAAGUUAUAAUUUUUUCUAUGGCUUUAAUGACUGUUAUAAUUAUCAAUAUGAGUGCUGGAAUUUGGGCUCUUGUCAGACACGAACAAGUAGAUUUAUUAGCAAUUGCACAUCAUAAACAUGUGUUCGAGCUCGCUAUAUCAGAAAAUCAUACAGAUUUAGGUCAUAUGAAUUCAGCUCUUUGGGAUCAAAUUCAUUCAGAGUUGCAUUGUUGUGGAAUAAAUGGUCCAACUGAUUAUCUCAGCAAAGAUGCAGUUCCUUGGUCUUGCUGUGUUACAUCGUCACUUACAAAUACUACCAAUAGUAAAGGAAUAUGUAUUACAAUGUAUGCACGCGGUUGUCAAUAUGUUAUAAUAAAUCGUAUUAGAUCAAUUCUUCUUCAUAUUUUCUUGCUUGCAUUGUUUACAGUAUUAUUACAGCUAUGUUUCAUGACGUGUAUGUUAUGUUACGAAAGAACAUGUCGAGAAAGAAUGAAAAGAAGAAAGAAAUUAAUAACUCUUGCCCAAUCAUUUGCGCAAGCAUCUAAAGAUUUGGGAACAAAUGACAAUAUUUUAAAUCAACAAUCAAAAUAUUCUAAAAUAUUAAUUACUUAAUAAUAUACUUUUAUUAUAUUUAAAAAAAAAAAUAUAUAUGUUUUCUUAAUCGUUCAUAUUUGUAUCAUAUUAUACA